AAAAGCUUGCUGUGGUAAUAACAAAUAUUAGUGACCUAGAUGAAAAUAGAUUCUAUGAAAUUGAAUCAGAGUGUAUUAGAACAAUUACAGAAAAAACUCCAGAUAAAAUUUGGAAAAAAUAG